AUGCCAACCACAUCCGUCGUUCAAGGCUUUAAUACGCUUCUGAAAGUGUUGCAGGGCAAUAGUCUUGAAAACAUUCGCGACGGCGUGGCGCACGCGCGGAUCGACCUUCCAAUUCCGGAAAAUGGUCGAAGCUUCUACGAGGAAUGUCUGGAGCACAUGGGACUGCGCGACUGCGUGGAGGAUGGGCAGGUGCUGUGUGGAACCCUAUAA